UGACUGGACAGGAAAAAAAAGUUCACCAACCAUCUCCGUGGUUCAGACUCACCGCUGCACUUUGUCCUCAAGGACCUGAAAGAAAGAGCUCCUCAAGGAAAAGGGAUUUUUUUUUGUCUGAUCCGCUGAAAGAUACACACAGCUGGAAGAGCAAGAGUAUUUCUCAGCUGACCUUUCCAGUUUAUUUAUUACUUUUUUUUUCUAAAGAAGAAAGUCCUUCCUUUCUGAGGAUGCUCUGCGCCCCUUUCCCGUUGAAACUGUGACCUGCUGAGCUUUGACGCUUUUUGUUUUGUCAUCCAAAGACCCCCAAAAAGUUUUUUUUCUUAUUUCAUUUUGACCGCAGACGGCUCAUCACCAUUGGGGCCAUCGGCUCAGUCUGCAGGAGGAUGGCUGGGUGUUGUGUGUCGGCGGAGGACCGGGAGACCAGGAGGAUCAACGACGCGAUUGAGGAGCAGCUGCGGAGAGACAAGAAGGACUCCCGCAGGGAGCUGAAGCUGCUGCUGUUAGGCACCGGUGAGAGUGGGAAGAGCACCUUUAUCAAACAGAUGAGGAUCAUCCAUGGAGGGGGAUACACAGACGACGACAAGAGGAGUUACGCCAAGCUGGUCUUCCAGAACAUCUACACAUCGAUGCAGACCAUGAUCCGAGCCAUGGGGCCGCUCGGCAUAUCCUUCUCUGAUCCGCAGAACCAGAACAGUGCAAAUUCAGUCCUGGAGGUAGAGGUGGACAAGGUGGAGGAGUUGGAUCAGAACCUUGUGGUGGCCAUCAGGAACCUGUGGAACGACGGUGGAAUCCAGGAGUGCUACGACAGACGCAGGGAGUACCAGCUGUCCGACUCCACCAAAUAUUAUCUGAGCGACUUGGAUCGGAUUUCCCAGCCUUCUUACCUACCAGACCUCCAGGACAUCCUUCGAGUCAGAGUGCCAACAACGGGUAUCAUCGAGUAUCCCUUUGACAUGGAGAACGUCAUUUUCAGGAUGGUGGAUGUUGGAGGACAGAGGUCAGAGAGGAGGAAGUGGAUCCACUGCUUUGAGAACGUCACCUCCAUCAUCUUCCUGGUGGCGCUCAGUGAGUACGACCAGGUCUUGGCAGAGUGCGACAAUGAGAAUCGCAUGGAGGAGAGCAAAGCCCUGUUCAAAACCAUCAUCACCUACCCCUGGUUCGAGAAGUCCUCUGUCAUUCUUUUCCUCAACAAGACAGACAUCCUCAAGGAGAAGAUCAUGUACUCUCACAUAGUCACCUACUUCCCUGAAUUCACAGGACCUCAGCAGGACGCGUCAGCAGCUCAGGACUUCAUCCUCAGGAUGUACCAAGAACAAAAUCCCAACAAAGACAAGAAGCUGUACUCCCACUUCACCUGCGCCACGGACACCGAAAACAUCCGCCUGAUCUUUGUGGCCGUGAAAGACACCAUCCUCACGGCCAACCUUAAGGACUUCAACCUGGUGUAGCUACCACUGAAGCAAAUGCCAUAGUGCUGUUGGCCCAUGCCUGAUGUAAAAGCUUUCCUGGAUAAAAUAUUAUGCACAAGAUCCUAUUUAGCUGAACAGAUGGAACCAGCAAGGCAUAAACAAUGAGUUGUGUAGGUUUUUCUGCCUAAAUCGUAACUUUGUAUAGAUUAAGUUCAUCUUGUCUUUUCAGUUCUGCUGUAAAGGCUACUUCAAAGUCGUAGUAAGAAUGUGAAACUUAGGAGGUAACUUAUUGACUUACUCAAAGUGUGAAUGUCUUUCUUUAAAAAAA